AGAGAAAAUCAAUAAGUUUCUGUGAUUACCGGCCAGUUGGAGGAAAUUCCAAUUUGAACGAAAAAUUUUCUCUUCGGAUAACAAAAAUAGCUGGAAUUAUGAGAAAUCUCAAUGACUUUUUACUACCUCACAAGGAAGCUGUGUGUUUAUGCGAGAUUGAUGGUAGACCAUAUUAUGCAGAAGAUUCUUAUGACAAAGUCUCUAAUUUUACAUUAGCUGUCGAAACUCAUCCGACCAUACACAUAACAAGUGAUUUAAUACAUGCCGUUUCUUCUGGAGAAGAGGGUAGAUCGUUAUUUGUAUCAGUUGAUGUGCCAUUCUUAAAACAAUUAACACAGGUAUAUUACGAGCAUGGUUUGUUAGAAGCUCUCCAUACAGCUUCUACCCACAGACAAAAAAUAAUAUCUAAUAUAGCUUUUGUUGCCCUCAAUGCAUUCAGUCUAUACCAAAAGACUAGGUUAUUUUUCAAUCCUAGUUUGCAGUAUAAAGGAAUCAACACUAUAAAUGAAUAUAGUCAGACACGGAACUGGGCAAGUCAUUCGGUGAGAUGCAUUGCCUGGCAACCUUAUUCCUGUAUGAUAGCUGUUUGUACAGUAGAUGAUAGUGUUCGUAUCUAUUCAAGUGAUAAUACAACAAACUAUUUAUUAAGAUGUAAACAACAAAAAAAUGUUACAUGUCUUGCUUGGAGACCUCUAACUAUUGGAGAACUGGCAGUUGGACAUGAAGGUGGUAUAAUAAUAUGGAGUAUAGAUCCUCAUUCAUUGGUAGUACGACCAUCAAUAAGUAAUGCAAUAAUUUUAUAUCAGCAAAACCAUAAGCCUGUGAUUAGCCUCACCUGGAGUCCAAGGGGAGAUUUCUUAGUGAGUGCUGCUGCUUGUGAUAAAUCCAUCUAUGUGUGGAAUGUUGAACUCAAUAGAAAUAGUGCUCUAAGGAAACCUGGUGGAUCUGGAAAUAUUAUUGUUAAGUGGUCUCCUGCUGGUGAUAAAAUGUUUUCUUCUAGCAAUGGUAUUGUGUUUAGGGUGUGGGAUUGCCAGUCUUGGGAAUCUGAAAAAUGGACAGUACUCUCUGGAAGAGUGCAAACAGCAUGUUGGACAAGCUGCGGCACACACCUCUUAUUUGCUACAUCUACAGAGCCACUAAUUUAUGCUUUAAGGGUCAAAAGUGGCGUUGUUUUCACUUCAGAUAUAGAAUCUUCCAACGAUCAGGCUAUUCCCUUAUUUGACUUAACUAAAAUUGAGCUUGAUGGCGUUUGUAUUGGAGGAUUGGUUCAAGCCAUGGAAAUUGAUCCGAAGGGCAAUAAUCUGGCGGUACUAUUUCAGAACACCAAUGUGAUUGCUUUAUUCAACAUAGCUAGAAAACAUAAUAUAGAAUUGAUUGCAAGUUCGUUGAUUACACAGUGUGGUGCUACACCAACAUGCUUAGCUUUCCAGCAGAAUUUUGAAUCUGGUGCUUGCUUAUCAAUUGGAUGGUCUAAUGGAAAAGUGCAACAUUUCCCAAUAAUUUAUACCGACUUAUCCAAUAGCUUGAAUAUCUCCAACAUCAAUAAUACCAUGAAAAAUUCACUAUCUUACCAAACAUUUCAUAGCCCCUAAUAUUUUUUUAAUAAAUUUGUUUCUUUUAUAUUGUUUCUAAAUGAUGGAUCCUGUUGUAAAUAAAGUAAUUCAAAAGUU